GCGGUAUGCAAAAGCCAUGGAAAAUGGGAUUCUGGAAUCGAGUCAAAAAAUUCUCGUUCGCGCCAAAGAGUGGGGAAUGCAAUAGUCGAUGCUGAUUUCUCAUCCGAGCGAAAUUUCCCCACCAAAAUGAGUUGUUGCUCCGCAGGCAGCAGUGGAAACGGUUAUAAUAAUUCGUCAAACAGCUGUUGUUGCCAGAACCAGGCGCAGAAGAGCUCCGAAUCAGCCCAACUCUGCUGCAGGCCACCUUAUCCCACGAAAACUGGGCUUUGCCCCAUCAAAACUGUCGUUUAUCUCCGACCGAAUGGAUCGUGCCCUCCCUGCUGCCCAAUGCCUUGCCCACCAAAAACCGUAGUCGUGACGUAUCCUCCUGCAACAUCCGAAGCUGCGCCUCCGCCCCCAGAAAAAUGUUUAGUCUGCACUGUCAAAAAAAUCCCAGUACUGCCGCCCCCGCCGCCAACUGCGCCGAUCGGCUCGCCUUGUCGACCGCACGUUGUUCCAUGCUAGAGGAACCGAGGCCCGAGACGAAAAUAAUUUGGAGAAAGCCUGUCGAGCUACCUGCUCCGUCCUCGACGUUGUCAGCACGAACGAAAAGAGCACCGCUUUUUUUAUUAUCAAGUAUUUUCUCUUUAUUUAUUAUUAUUUUUUUUCCCCAAUCAAGACAUGUGAACAAGGCAUCGCGGUGCCGUGACAACUGGGCGGAGCUGUACCGCUGUACAAGAAUCUCCAGAUCUGUUAAAUCACAAGAAAUUUAUUACUGAUUACGACGUUUGCUUUCACGACGUUCA